AUGACGCCCGAAGACCUGGUCCUCGCCAGCCCGAUCCUGGGAAACUGUGGCUUCUCUGCCGACGACGUGAAGGCUGAUUGGAAGUUCUGGCUCGAUGCCGCUGCGAGGAUCGCCAGCCAUCUCAAGUUCAGCGACGUGGACAUGAACGCAGAGGAGUCCAAGGGGGCCAGGGUGUAUCAGUACUACCUGCCCGUCUUCAUGUGGUGCCACAAGCAGUUGAUGGCGCACAAGGAAUGCAGUGGCGACGUCACGCCUUCUCCUCUUGUUAUCGGCAUCAGUGCCCCCCAAGGAUGCGGAAAGUCGACGAUCGUUGCCUGCUUGCAGGAAGUCUUCAAUUCCAUGGACCUGGCCGCUGCGUCGAUAUCCAUCGACGAUUUCUACCUCACAUACGCCGACCAGACUGCCCUGGCGCAGGCCCAUCCCGAAAACAGUCUCGUGCAGCUGAGGGGCAACGCAUGUAGUCACGACAUGGCGCUGGGUACCUCUACUUUAACUAGUCUCCGCAGCCUCACGGAAUCCGGACGCAAGGUGUUGGUUCCCAGGUACGACAAGUCUAAAAACCAGGGCAGGGGAGACAGGGCGGACCAAGCAUCGUGGCCAGUGGUGGAGGGGCCCCUCUCUGUGAUACUGUUUGAGGGGUGGAUGCUGGGCUUUCGACCUGUGGAAAUGGAGGAGGCUGUCAGAGUGGACGCUGACCUGGGCAUCGUGAACGAAGCUCUGAAGGACUACAAGAAUGCCUGGGACAGCUUUGUGGACUGCUGGCUAGUGGUAAAGGUGCAGGACCCCGAGUACGUCUUCCGAUGGAGGUUGCAGGCGGAGCAGGCAAUGCGGACGAGUGGCAUGCCUGGAAUGACGGACGAUCAGGUGAAGGACUUUGUAACAAGAUACAUGCCAGCCUACAAGGCCUACUUGCCAGGACUCUAUUCAAAGGGACCCACAACUGGGACAAAAGGGAAAACGCUCAUGAUAGAGGUGGACGAGAACCGAGGGCUUGUGCCUUCUCAGAGCGUGCCUGCUUCACCCCUUGGCAGCGUCUAUCAAUUCUUGUUUAGAAACAUCCAAUUUUGGGCUCCAUUAAUUAUUUUGCUCAUCUUGUUAAUCAAGCAUCGUGCCAGCGCUGGGACAUCCAAGUCUCGAAUUUCUUGA